UCUUGCAGUUCGUCGCGGGUGGCUCAAUCCGGAUUCCGGGCCAGGGUUCAUGGUGGAGGAGCCAAGUAAUUGCCUUUUUUCCUUGUUGAACAUCCACAACACAACCAAAAAACGAAAAAAACCAUUACCAUCAAGCCUUCACAAGAAUCCAAUCAUCAAUCCUGAUUUCCUCAAGAGCUCUCUCUCGACUUGCCAUCCUCCGCAACUCUCCGAAUCAUCCCCACUUCCGCGUUUCCGCUGGGACGACUUGCAGAGCAGGAUUAGAUAUCCCGGGUUUCAGCAAGACUUGGACUCGGAUCCCAGCCAUUCGAAAGAUGACGACCCCCAAGAAACGUGCGAUUCCUGAUCAUGAUGAUGAUGAUCAAGCCAGCAACCAACGUCCGAGCAAAAGGAGUCAAACGACAGCUGGGACUAAUCGUGGUAGUACCACCACAGCUUCUCAAGAUCAGUCAUCAGAGACACCCUACCAUAAACUACUCAGGAUCUUAAACGACCACCAACCGAAAGAAAAAGAGGAUGAUCAGAAAGCUGAAGGGGUCGUAGUCUGGUGGAUGCGGAUGCGCGAUCUGAGGCUGUCGGAUAAUCGGGCAUUGGCAGUCGCGUCCCAAUUGGCAAAGGACCAAGCCAAACAUCUCGUCGUCCUCCACGUCCUCUCGCCUGGAGACUAUCGAUCUCACGACCGCUCCCCUCGGAGAAUCGACUUCGUCCUCCGCAAUCUCAGCGACCUUCAGGCGCGUCUUCAUAAACUUAACAUCCCGCUCUGGACGAUCACCGUCGAACCCCGUCAUCAGAUCCCUGAAAAGAUCAUCCAACUGGUCUCCAGCUGGGGCGCCUCUUAUCUGACCGCCAAUAUCGAACAUGAAGUUGACGAACUCAGACGCGAUAUCCAAGUCCUCAAUCUGGCGCGCGAGAAGAAUAUCGGGGUAGACUUCCUACACGAUACAUGUCUGGUAGAGCCGGGAAAAGUGUUGACCAAAGAAAACAAACCGUACUCGGUCUUCGGUCCAUGGCAACGAAAUUGGGCCAACUUGAUCAACAGUAACUUGGACGAAUACAUUGCAGCUGCGGAGGAUUGUCAUCCUAACGACCCGAGCAUCAAGGACGUUGAGAUCCUCAAUCAGUUGUUCGAGUGCCCCGUCCCUGCCUCUUUGCCUGGCUUCGAAUUGUCUGCUGAGGACUCGAAGAUCAUGCACGAGAACUGGAAAGCCGGCGAACAGGCUGCUGAAGAGUUAUUGAAUCAAUUUCUGAAUUCGCCCUUAAAAAGCCAAUCGACUCGACAAACCACAUUAACGAAGGAUGGGAAAACCUCAGGGGCGACGACGAGGAGGGCCGAGACGAUAGUCGAGCAAUACUCGAGCUUACGAAACCGACCGGACCUACCGGGGACGAGCCGAUUGUCGGCCUAUCUGGCCGCCGGAGUGAUCUCCCCACGCGCAUGCAUUCGGGCCUCAUUCCGAAUCAGCGAGAAGGGGAAGAAGCCGGUCGAUGGGCUCCAGGUGGAUCGUCGUGACUUGGGCGUGGGGGUGUGGCAGAGUGAACUCGGGUGGAGAGACUUCUAUCAACACGUCUUGGCGGCGUGGCCUAGGGUCUGUAUGCGAAAGCCCUUCAAUCUUAAGUAUGAGAGUCUGGUGUGGGAAGAGGAUGAGGGGCUGUUGGAGAAAUGGAAGCAAGGCUUGACGGGCUAUCCGUUCAUUGAUGCCUGCAUGAGACAGCUCAAACACAUCGGUUAUAUGCAUAAUCGGGGCAGGAUGUGUGUGGCCAUGUUCUUGACUAAAGAUCUGAUGAUGGAUUGGAAGUUGGGCGAGAAAUGGUUCAUGGAGAAUUUAGUCGAUGGGGAUUUAGGCAGCAAUAAUGGCGGCUGGCAAUGGUCGGCUUCAACCGGCACAGAUGCUCAGCCGUACUUCCGGAUCUUUGCGCCGCUUUCACAAUCCGAGAAGUCGGAUCCGAAUGGCGAUUUCAUUCGUCAUUGGGUUCCUGAAUUGAAAUCGAUCACCGGAAAAAACAUUCAUGCCCCGUUCGACUCUUUGCCGCCUGACAAAUUCAAAAAAUUGAACUAUCCUAAGCCCAUCGUCGAUCAUUCGGUGGCCCGAAAACGAGCCUUGGCUCGUUAUAAAAAUCCCGGGUGUGCUGAUAAUCAAUAAACCAAAACCAAAACCAAAAACAAAACAAUAUGAUGAUGGCUAGAUACUUCAGCAAAAACACCAUCAGAUGGAUUCUUUCUUUUUUGUCUUAUCUCGAUCAAUCAAUCAAUCAAUCAAUCAGUCAAUCAUGUAGCUUUCUCUAGACCUUUGUCCCUAUUUCUUAUGUGCCCAACCUCUUCCAGCACUUGUUUUAUUUUUCUUCUUUUCUCUGAAGAUAAGAUCAAGUGAAGCCACCUGUUAAUUGAGUCACCAACCUUUUUUUUUUUUUCUCAAUGGAACAGAAUGAAACAAGA